GAUUGGUCAUCAAUAACUUACUCCCAGUUCAAGCAUGAUAUCAAAUUCACUGCUUGCUAUUGGUGUCAGGUGCUCGAGUCUGACAGUGUGUUGGAGAAUUCUGUUGUGGGUUUAUGGCUACCAGGAAUGGCAUAUCAGGAUGUUCUCCACAUUUAUUGCCUUUUGCAAGCUGGAUAUGUCCCUCAGCUCUUCAGUAUUCAUUUGCCAAAUCCUGACAUCAUGCUUGAACUGCUCACAAAG